AUGGCUUCGGGACAAUCAUGGCUAGAUCAGGACUUUGGCGGAGAUGAUGAAGAAUCCGACAACGACUUCAACCCCGAGGUCGACGCGGGAUCUGAUGCUGGAGGUGAUGACGAUGAAGACUCGAAGCCUCAGGUCGCGAAGAGAUCAACUGAUUCAGAUUUCGAGAGCGAACCUCGCGUGAACGGCAAGUCGGCGUCCCCAGUGAGAAGAGAUAAGGACCCUCCGGUUGAUGAAAACGAAGAAGAAGGCAAUCAGGAGGACCAAGUAGAAAAUGGCGAGGAUGAUGAAGGCGAAGGUGAAGGCUUGAAUGGAGAAGAAGACGAGGACGAAGAAGACGAGGUGGACGAGGAGGGUGAAGAUGAAGACGAGGAUGAGGCAGUCACAAGUCGACCGCGAAAGCGCCGGAGAAGAGGGUUGAACCAGUUCUUCGAAGAAGAAGCCGAGGUCGAUGAAGAUGACGAUGACGUUGAAGCCGACGAAGACGAUUUGGGACCCGAAUUCAUUCAAGAUACCCAUCCUGAUGAUGAUCUACCCCCCGAAGCAGUUCACGAUGAUGGCAGACAUAGAGAAUUGGAUCGCCAGCGACAGAUGGAAGCGUCGAUGGAUGCCGAGAAACAAGCGGCCGCUUACAAGGAAAGAUACGGACGCAGAACAACCACGGCGUUGAGCAACAGUUCCUUUGUACCGCAAAAUCUACUCAUGCCGGAUGUCAACGACCCUAGUAUUUGGGGUGUCCGAUGCAAAGCUGGAAAGGAAAGAGAAAUCGUCGGCAAGAUCAUGAAAAAGUUCCUCGAGAGUAAACACAGUCGCAAUGCCAUGCGAAUCUGUUCGGCGUUUGAAAGAGGUGACGGACCUAUGGCGGGUUACAUCUUUGUGGAAGCCAGGAGCAAAGUCGAUGUUGACGAUGCGCUGGCUAACAUUCCCGACGUCUAUCCCCGAUCAAAGAUGAAUUUGGUCCCGGUCAAGGAAAUGCCUGAUCUCCUCCGAGUCACCAAGAACAAGGAGUUGGAGGUGGGCGGAUAUGUCCGUAUCAAACGUGGUCUUUACCAAGGGGAUCUGGGCAUGAUCGAAAGCGUCGAGACCAAUGGUCUCGAAGUGACUAUUCGAUUGGUGCCCCGACUUACCUACGGUAUGGAUGAAGAUCAAAACCGACCCGGAGGAGUCGCUGAUGCAAAGCGAAAACGGCCCAAUGCUUUUGGACCGACCAACAAUUUUGCAACGAGACCUCCACAACGACUGUUCAACGAGAAUGAAGCAAAGAAACGACAUGACCGAUUUCUCCAAGCGAACCGACAUCUCUCCGGGAGAAGUUGGAACUACAGGGGUGAUCAGUAUGAGGAUGGUUUCUUAAUCAAGGAUUUCAAGCUGCAACAUCUCGUCACGGAGAACGUCAAUCCCAGACUCGACGAGAUCACCAAACUGACCAAGACAGCAGCGGAUGGUUCGGAAGUUCUUGAUCUCGAAUCUCUGGCCCACAGUCUGCGAAAUGCCACGGCGGAGGGUAACUACAUGCCGGGCGAUGAGGUGGAAGUUUACGAAGGGGAACAGAGGGGUAUUGUUGGCCGGACGGAAGCUGUCAAUGGCAAUAUUGUCUCCAUUAUGGUUUCGGAAGGUGACCUUGCAGGCCAACUGGUUGAGGUGCCGGUCAAGGGCCUCCGAAAACGCUUUAGAGAGGGUGAUAAUGUGAAAAUCGUGGGAGGAAGCAAAUACCGUGAUGAAGUGGGAAUGGUGCUCCGGAUCAAGGAUGACAAGGUCACCGUCCUCGCCAAUACCAGUAACGAGGAGAUUACCGUCUUCAGCAAAGAUCUCAGAGAAGCCACCGAUGCAGGCAGUGGCGGAGCUGGAGCGAGCAAAUUUGACGUCCAAGAACUGGUGCAGAUUGAUCCGACUACGGUUGGGUGUGUCAUCAAAGCGGACCGAGAAUCCGUUCGAAUCCUCGAUCAAAACGGUUCAUUGACCACCAGAAUACCGUCGCAAGUCCAGAAAAUCGAAGCUCGAAAGAACGCCGUGGCCACGGACAAGAAUGGUUCAGAAAUUCGAGUGGGCGAUGUCGUUCGAGAAUCGGGCGGAGAAGGCAAAACCGGAACGAUCUUACAUAUUCACCGUGGAUAUGUGUUCGCCCACAACAAACUGGGCAUUGAAAAUUCCGGCAUCUGGGUUGCUCGCUGCACCAACGUCAUCACAACUGCUGCCAAAGGCGGGCGAAUCACCGCUCCAACGACGGAUUUGACCAAGAUGAAUCCGGCCCUUCAAAUCAAGAGACCGGAUAUGUCCAUGGGCCCUCCACAACGACCUGGAAGGGAUCCACUUCAAGGCAAGUUGGUUCAUAUCAACAAAGGUGUCUACAAGGGACAUCGAGCUCUUGUCAAGGACACCACGGCGGGCGAAGCCAGACUUGAGCUCCAGACAAAGAACAAGAUACUUACCCUGAGCAAAUUCGACCUUUCCAUCAUCGAUCCUAAUACGCAAGCCCGAACCAGAUAUGAAGAUUGGACUAAGCACCGUGGUGGACCAUCUGCUAUCCGUGCAGGUCAAGGCACUCCGGGAUCGCGUGUGCCUGAUGGAGGCUUUGGAGGCCGAACUCCAAUGGGUGUCAUGGAAGGAGGCCGAACUCCAGCAUGGGGUGCUUCCUCACGAACACCUGCUUGGGGUGGUCCUGGCAGCGCUGGUCUUGAAUCCGGUCGCACCCCGGCCUGGAAAGGUCCAUCUGGCUCACAAACCUCAUAUGGAGGAGGUGGAAUGACUUCUUACGGCGGCCCGGGCAAUUACUCUACCAACACCGGCAGCCGCACACCGGCCUGGAGUUCCGGUUCAAAGACGCCGUACGGCGUCGACCAUGGAUUCGGCUCGUCCAGUUCCGGUUCGGGCUUUGACGCUUUCGCCGCCGGCUCACGGACUCCUGCUUACAACACUUCCUCAUCACGGACUCCAGCGUGGAGUGGUCCAGGCAAUGCCACAUCGGCACCUACGCCGGCCGCACGUCCCUAUGAUGCGCCGACGCCCGGUGUAUCGGCACCGACUCCAUCUGCAUCAGGUCGGUAUGAUGACGAGGUUUACACUCCAUAUCUCGGUGCGCCGACGCCGGGAGCCGCUCAGGACGCGCCGACGCCGGCCCCGAGCUUCUCGAAGAACGCGAACAAGGAGCCUCUCAAGCAUAAUCGAUUGGGAGGAUUCGAUGCGCCGACGCCCGCUGCGAGUGCACCGACACCGUAUGCCAGUGGUGCUUUUGAUGCGCCGACGCCCGCGGCGGGAGGACCGAGGUACGUGGACGACGACGAUGAGGAUUGA